CCGCAUCCUGAGCCCGGGUGUCCAAGCAAAAGACACCGGCCGCAUUUUCCUGUGGGCAGUACCGGAAAAGGGUCUGAACCUGUAAGGAAAAGGAGAUUACAGUAAAUAAAAAACUCCCACAGAUUUUCAAAUAAAAGAAAGAUAAGGCCUUAAAACAGCCUUGAGAUCCCCUCUAGAAAUGGUGCGCAAACAAUAUUGGAUCAAGUUCUUCAUAACCGUGGUGCUCAUCAUUCUCCCCGUGACUGCCAUGGGACUCAUUGCCGGCUUCAAGCACGAGGAAGUCAAAUUCAAGAACAUGCUGUCCAGCAUGGUGAUGGUGCUGCUGUUUCAGUACUUGCUCGGCGAUCCAAUCCGGUUCGCCAUUCAAUCGAUCGACGAGGCAUUCUGGCCCCCGCCCAUCUAUAUUCCGCCGCGGAUGAAGGAGCCCGACACCAUUAACCGGGUGGACUUUCUCAAGCAGCGGCUGGCCAGCCAACGGAGGAAUCUGGUCAUAUCAUCGCGGUACCGCAACUGGGCGGUUAACGAGAAGUAUGUGCUGAUCGCCCAGGACCUGCUCAUCUAUUGCAAAUAUUUCCUCUGCCUAAUGAUCAUGGUGCUGAUGUCACGGGACGAGACGCACUACCACAACACGCGCAGCAUCCAGAGCCUCUUUUGGAACAAUCACACGGACUACUAUGGCCUAAAAGAGGUGUACUUUCUUAACCAACUGUACGAUUUUAUCGAGUCCACACUGGUCGUUGCCUUCAAUGCCAACUUAAGCCGCUUCGGCGGCCCAGGCUGGGUGCACGCCGAGCAGACGGUGAUGCUGGGCGUGAUUAGAUUGCGCCAGGUACGCGUUGAAGAUACCAAAGUUGGCUGGACAGAACCCCAGUUCUCCGACAUGUACUACAUGCCCGACUGGCAACUGCCCUAUCGCCGGCUCCACUAUGCGGAUAAGUACUGGCGCAUUUACGAGCCCUGGAUACCCAUUACGAUCAGCUUCGAGUUUCUCGACUGGCUCCUCAUGAACUUUGACCAUGUGGGCUAUCUUCACAGAUAUCCGGAGCUCAUCGGCUAUGUAAGUCUGCUGGCCAGGAGUGUGCCCAACAACUUGAAGAUCUUGGACUAUCUCAUCGAAUACCAUUGGCUGUCGCUGAACACUUCCGCGGUGUUCAUAGACUUUACACUGUACAACGUCGACGUGAAUCUGUUCAGCAUAUGCACGCUGCGCGUGGAGAAGACCCCCUUUGGGCCGGUGGUGCCGCAGGUGGACGUGGACAGUUGGAAGCUGCUUGAGGAAACGGACCAGAUGUCAUACACCAAGCUGGCCUCCUUGUCUAUCUACUUGGUAGUGCUGAUCCAAUACGCUCAGAUGGUGGUCCUCAAAAUGUGGUACGAGCCGAAUCUGCUGAAGGACGUUUGGAACAUACUGGACAUACUCAUCAUACUGCUCAACGUGGUGGUCAUCGUGAUGGUGCGGAUGCGCGAGGCGCUCGUUAACAACAUGCUAGUUAAGGUGGCUGGGACCAGCAAAAUGGAGUUCAUUGACUUUCGUCGCCCGUCGCGCCUGUACGAGAUGUCGAUUGUAAUGGUGGGCUUUCUCAUAUGCCUCACCACGCUCCGGCUGUGGCGGGUGCUGCAGUUCUCCAGCGUGUUCAUGAUAUUCACCCGGAGCCUGUACUUGGCCUGGACGGGCGUGGCCAACACGGCGAUGGUGAUCUUUGUCUUCCUCAUGGGCUACUGCCUUGCGGUGGUGACCAUAAAUGGGAAUAACAGCGAGCACUUCGUCGGCCUCGUAAAGGCCGUAGUCAUGUGCAUGUGCUUUGCCUUUGGUUUCAGCAGCUCGGUGAGGCCCUCGGAGCUGUUUCAUGGCGGCAGGGUGCUGGGCAUGAUUCUCUACGCCAUUCUGGCCUUUGUCCUGGCCGUCCUCCUGAUCAACUUCUUGGCCUCGCUGAUCAAUCACUUCUUCAUCGUGUCCAGGGCGAUCCGUGACGCGCAGCCCACGUCGGGCAUAAACUUCCUUCAGUUCCUGCGCGUCGAGUAUCCGACCUUGUUCGGGUGCUUCCGCAAGCUGCCCUGCUGCCGGGGGCUCUACGUCCGGAACAAGCGAACGGUGGCGGAGAAUGUUAAGCGAAAGCUCGAUGCCAUAGAUGCCUCUCGAGCAAUGCGGCGGCGCAAGCUUUGGGGAUACCGAGAGCAACGUGAGAAAAUGUCGCCGGAAUGGGAGAAUUUGAAGUAUCGAGAUCGUGGCGAGAAGCUCAUCAAAGUGGGCAAGCUCCUGUCCGACCAGCUGAGCCUGCUCGAAAUCUUCCUCUUCGAUGACGUUGACAAGGAUCUGCUGCAUGACGAAGAUGGUAAUGAUGAGGUGGAGCCAAGGCGGAAAGGGAAGUGGUGGCAGCGCUCCAAGUCAAAGUCCAACUACCGGGUUGAAGUUCAGGAGAGCGAAACCCGUGAGGCCGAGGUCUAAAGAUCAUUGUUUUUUGUUUUUGUUUUGUCAUUUAUUCUUAGAGUUGAUUUUCAGGGUUAACCUAAGCCAAGGAAAGGGAUCUAAUUGAAUCAUUAAACCACCUUCUUAUCCUUGUUUAAGCUGCUUUCCAAAUGCA